UCCGUGCAUCUAAGGCGUCUGAAGGGCGUUUUGAAACUUGGCAUCAUCUCGAGAUGACACACAAUACGUGAAGAAAGGUGUCGGAGACCAGUAACUCGCCGUCGAAUGCAGACAACCGCCGCCGCUUCGGUUCGGCUAAACAAGCUCUAAACUAGCUUUGAUCACGCAUGCGCACGCACAGAGAGAGUUGGGCGGAGAAGUUUUGCGGGUGUUUUAUCUCCCUUCCGGUUCGGCUAAACAAGCUCUAAACAAGAACGCUCGACAGGAGAGGCGGGUGUGGUACUGGUGCACCAGAUCACCGUUGCGGAGAAAAGAUAUGCAAGUUACCGCCGAUUCCGAAGUCGACGAGAAGCUCUUUGACCAGAGACGGCGCGCCCAGAACCCCCUCGUUCCCGCAGGCGCGUUCGUCACGGCCGGUGUGCUGGCAGCGGGGCUGAUGACUUUCCAGCAUGGGGACUCGCACCUGGGGCAGAAGCUGAUGAGGGCUCGGGUCGUUGCCCAAGGGGUCACCGUCGCUCUCAUGGUGCAAGGCGUCACCGUCGCUCUCAUGGUCUGCACCGCCUACUACUGCGCCCAGAAAUCUGCAAAUCACUAA